AUGUCUGGUACGAUGAAUGCCCUGCGAAUAUUAGAUUCAAAUCAAAAUAUUCGUUUAAAUGAGUCAAAACCUCGUCGUCGAAGUAUUUCAAUAAGCUUAUUAGAAACAACAACGCCACUGUUUAAGCCAUUGUCAUCAUCAUCCGAACAGAAUGAAAUAAAUUCCUUGUCGCCAUAUGAAAAAUUAGCAUUAUGGAAAACAACUUUUGAAAAACAUUUAAAUCAUAUUUAUUUAAAUAAACUUAAAGAACUUGAUAAUUUAUUAUCUCAGGGAAACAAUCAAAUUGAUAUUGAAUUUGAUAAAAUACCAUCAUUGAAGCAAUCAAUUAUAAUUACAAAUCGUCAACAAACAACUGAUCAUACAUAUGAUGAUAUGGAAUUUGAUUAUUCGAAUGGUCAAUCAUUUGAUUUAACAAGUAAUAAUAUAUUACUUUCUACAUCAAAUAAUCAUACAUUAAUCUAUGAUGAUAUUAAAUCAAAUUUAAUUCUAUAUAAUAAGCAAUCAAAAUUAAAUUCGUAUCUAUGGGAUGUUAAUGAAUAUGGUGAACCAUGUGACUUAUCAUAUUCAUAUUAUUUAAAUCUAUAUUGUAUAAUAACAAAUCGGGGCUUAUUUACAUGGUCCGUGGAAGAUCCGUAUGUACCGUUAUACAUCGAUUCAAUUAGAUCCAUAGCAGGAAACCGUCUAUGGGCAAUAGCAUCAACAGAUACACGAUCGGAUGUAUUUAUAUUAUUUAAAUCAGGUAGUUAUAUUGAAAGAUGGAAUUCAAUAAGCGGAUCGAAAUCUUGGCAACAUAUAAAACGUUGGUCAAAUCAUGAUCUAUUUGAACGUAAUGAUCAACGUGUAAGAACAAUUCGUAUGACAUCGAAGUAUGUUGCAUGGACUGUCGAAUCUACAAAAACAUUUGAAUGGAGAGUUGAUUUACUUGAUUAUGAUUUACGAAUGCUUCGACACGGUAUUAAAAUAGAUCAUUUGGAUAGAUCUUCGUCAUGUUUAUUAUCUAAUUUUGGCUUUGAACAAUUUCUCAUUAUUGAUAGUAAUUGUCAUUUAUUGUUUUUACUUGAUACCAAUGGUUCUAUGAAAUUAAAAAAUGAUUUUACGAUGGAAAAACGUAUUAAAAAUGCUGUUUUAAUGAAAAAUAAUAAUCAACAAUGGCUUGUUGUUCGAUUAGAACAACCAAAUCAAUUGUAUUUUAUUCCUUUAUUAAACAAAACAGUACAAACAACAAUAAAUGAACACAUUUAG